AAAUGUGAGAAAGAAAUAGUGACUGUAAAGGAAGCAUUGCACUGACCAGGAUGGCUGUGAAAUGGACUUCAGCUCUUCUGCUCCUACAGCUGAGCUGUUGCUUCAGCUCUGGGAUGUGUGGAAAGGUGCUGGUGUGGCCCACAGAAUACAGCCACUGGAUCAACAUGAAGACCAUCCUGGACAAACUUGCCCAGAGAGGCCAUGAGGUGACUGUGCUGACAUCUUCAGCUUCCAUUCUUGUUAAUCCUAGCAAAACAUCUUCUAUUAAAUUUGAAGUUUAUCCUACAUCUCUAACUAAAGAUGACUUUGAGGAUCUUUUUGUCAAAUUGCUCAAUGAAUGGAUAUAUGAUGUUCCAAAGGAUUCAUUUUGGUCUCAUUUUUCACAAGUAGAAGACCUCAUGUGGACAUAUUCUGACAGUUUUCAAAAGCUCUGUAAAGAUGUAGUUUUCAACAAGAAACUCAUGAAGAAGCUACAGGAGGAAAAAUUUGAUGUUGUUCUUGCAGAUCCCAUUGGUCCCGGUGGAGAGCUGCUGGCCGAGAUACUUAAAACCCCCCUGGUGUUCAGUAUGCGCUUCUCUCCUGGAUUCGGAUUAGAGAAGCACGGUGGAGGACUUCCCUUCCCUCCUUCCUAUGUUCCUGUUAUGUUGUCAGAAUUAAGUGAUCGCAUGACAUUCAUGGAGAGGGUGAAAAAUAUGAUGUAUGUGCUUUACUUUGACUUUUGGUUCCAAACAUUUAAUAUGAAGACGUGGGAUCGGUUUUACAGUGAAGUUCUUGGAAGACCUACCACUUUAUAUGAGGUGAUGGGGAAAGCUGAGAUGUGGCUUAUUCGAACCUACUGGGACUUUGAAUUUCCUCGCCCGCUCUUACCAAAUUUUGAUUUUGUUGGAGGCCUCCACUGCAAACCUGCCAAACCCCUGCCUAAGGAGAUGGAAGACUUCAUCCAGAGCUCUGGAGAAAAUGGUGUUGUGGUGUUUUCUCUGGGGUCAAUUAUCAGCAACUUGACAGAAGAACGGGCCAAUGUGAUUGCUACAGCCCUGGCCCAACUCCCACAAAAGGUCCUGUGGAGAUUUGAUGGCAAGAAACCAGAUACCUUGGGACCCAAUACUCGGCUGUACAAAUGGCUGCCCCAGAAUGACCUUCUUGGUCACCCCAAAACCAAGGCUUUUAUAACUCACGGUGGAACCAACGGCAUAUACGAAGCCAUCUACCAUGGGGUCCCCAUGGUGGGCAUUCCUUUGUUUGCGGAUCAACCUGACAACAUGGCUCACAUGAGGGCCAAGGGAGCAGCUGUCACCUUGGACUUCACCACAAUGUCCAGUGCUGAUUUGCUCAGUGCUCUGAAGACUAUCAUUAAUGACCCCAUAUAUAAAGAGAAUGCUGUGAGGUUGUCUAGAAUUCACCAUGACCAGCCAGUGAAGCCUCUGGAUCGAGCGGUCUUCUGGAUCGAGUUUGUCAUGCGCCACGGAGGAGCCCGGCACCUGCGGGCUGCAGCCCACGACCUCAUGUGGGUCCAGUACCACUCCCUGGACGUGAUUGGCUUCCUGCUGGCCUGUGGGGCAGCAGUGAUGCUUGUCCUCACAAAGUCCUGUCUGUUCUGUUACCGGAAGUUUGCUACCCCAAAGAAGAAGGGGAAGCAGGAGUAGCUGGGUCCCAGAACUGAAGCUGGGGUCCUGAGUGGAGGGGCUCCCAGUGUAUGCCAGAAAGAGGGGUAUUAUGGAGAUUCUCCUCCUCCUGGGACAAAACGUCUUUCCUUACUUACCUAGUCAAGUCAGAAUUUCCAGAGAUUUAAUUCCUAUUUGAAAGAUAGAAUUAUCCCAUGUUGAAUAUUGUUAAAAACCAGAAAAAAGUAAAAAUCAUACAAUAUAAAUGAGUUUAUCAUGAAAUUUAUUGUUCUAAUUCACAAAUUAUACAAACAAACGUACUGAGCUUAGCUAUGUUUAACAUAUUGUGCGUGGACAAAAGAACAGUAAGAAGUCCCCUCACAGUAUCAAUACUUACAAUACUUUGGUUUUAUCUGGAGAAGAAUUUUAUUGUUUUAAGUAUUACUCAAGAAACUAUUCAAUGAUUAGUUUCUUACAUAGAGUCUCACCCUGGCUUUUGCUAUUGUGAGACAGGUACUGCUGCUUUGCUCCCUCCCCUGGGUGUGCAGCCCCCAGGACCCUCUUUCCUAGAAGACACCAACACACUCACCUUCUUAGAACCUGAGUGUUUCCCAGGGGAUGUGUGUGCAAUUAGAAAUACAGGGACUCAGCUCCACGCCUGUGGCUCGAGCAGCUUAGGCGCCAGCCACACACACCUGAGCUGGCCAGUUGGAAUCCAGCCUGGGCCGCCAAAAAAACAACAAUGACAGCUGCAACCAAAAAAUAGCUGGCAUUGUGGCAGGCACCUGUGGUCUCAGCUACUUGGGAGGCUGAGGCAAGAGAAUCACUUGAGCCCAGGAGUUGGAGGUUGCUGUGAGCUGUGAUGCCAUGGCACUCUACCCAGGGCGACAGCUUGAGGCUCUGUCUCAAGAAAGAAAGGAAGUAAGGAAGGGAGGGAAGGAGAGAGGGAGGGAGGAAAGAAAUACAGGGACUCCUAUAAAACUGCUUCCUAAUGUAAAAUUGAACUAUUUAUGAAAUCUUUGUUUUCACGAACCAAAUUGUUCAGGCCAGUUAAAAAGGUUUACCAGGAUAAUUUCACUCUCAUUUUCAUCCCUUUAUAACUGAUGUAAGGUCUCGACUUUAAGGUGUGAUGACACAGAUGUGCACACACAGGAUGAUGCAGCACUGUGAAGGGGCUUGCAGAAUUUUCCAUCUCUGUAAAUAUACAUGACACACAUAUGUCAAUGUCAUUCACAGUAAGACAGCCUCACUUAACCAUCUAACAGAUAUGUUGUCAAAUUCAUUGUGUUCAUUGAAAACAUCUUGAAAUAAUGGUAUUACUGUGUAUGGAUCUGCUUUAGAUGAUCAUAUAUAAUUUUCCUUUCUUUUCACAGAAGUCAUUUGCUUCCUUUUUCCCAUAACUCUGCUGUGGAAACAUUCCUCCUUUGCAAUGACUAAAAAAUAGGAUAAUCAUCAUUUUGUUUGACCCUAAACACACCGUACUUUACCAUAAACAGUAAAAAUGCAAAGAAUAAAAUCAUUACAUGGAAAAUAGUUAAAUCAAAUGUCA